AUGUUAUUUUUCGAAGACUCCUUAUUUAAAUCUACAAGUAAAUUAAUUCUUACUGUUAAGAUGGGUACUACAUGUGGUAUAUUACGAAGAAACGGCAAAGAUAUCAAACAAGUCGUGCUCCCAAUGCAAAGGCCUAAAUUCCCUUAUGGUUUUCCUCCUCCUGAUCUUCGAGAAGCCGGGAUCGGUCCUUAUUUGAUACCUCAAACAAUGAACGACAAGCUUUUAGAUCAUCUUGGCAAAUGAAAUAAAAUGAUGAGCAUGUAUGCGUCAACCGCUCAUCCUUUUGAAGUAUAGUUAAUGACACUGACUGGCACGGGGUGCUUUUGGCUCGAAACUGAGCCAAAAGCACCCCGUGCCAGUCAGUGUCACUAACUAUAUAUUUAAAAGAUCCUGAAAGAAAAGAAAAGCUGUUAAGAAGAAUCAAAAAAGGGCCACCUGUGCAAUAUCGUUGGCAAGCUUGAAUUGCAUUGAUGAAAUUAAGUGCCAGGGUCAAUGAAGAUGCUUAUAAUAAGCUGCCAAUGGCAGAUGAGAGUGUUAUGUCUACAAUAAGAAGAGAUCUUGAUAGAACCUUCCCUAAUCACCCAUAUUUUCAGAAAGAGCAGUUUAAUAAUGCAGGCCAAGGCGCAUUGGAGCGAAUAUUAGGAAAAUUUGCUUAUCAGCAUCAGGAGAUAGGAUAUUGCCAAGGGAUGAAUUUUAUUGCUGGAUUUUUACUUAUGGUGUCAGGAGGAAGCGAAAUUGAAGUGCUCUUUGCUCUUGAAAUCCUCUGUGAAAAAUAUGAUUUAAAAGGAUUUUUUAUUGAAGGAAUGCCUUUUUUGAAAAAAAGUGUAUGAAUUUUCAACAGGAUUUUUAGAUUGAAGCUCCCAAAGCUGUGGCAGCAUUUUCAAGACGAAAAUGUCCCUGAUGAUGCGUGAAUUUUGAAGUGGUUUAUGACUGUUUAUAUCAUGAAUUUAAAUUUCGAAACAAUUAUAAGAAUUUGGGACUGUUUUUUAAUAGAUGGCAUUAAAAUGCUAUAUCGUGUUGCGUUAUCAAUUCUCUCUUCUAUUGAGACUACUCUUUUAACAUUAGAAACGGUAGAAAUAUGUGAAGCUCUAAAAGAGGUCAAAAAUCUUAUAGACCCUGAAUCAUUAAUUACAAGUUCACUGAAAAUAAAUAUUUCUGACUCUUCCCCUUAUUAGGCGAGUAAAACCAUUAGAAAAAUCCUUAUUUUUUUGCCAAAAAAAACACCUUUACAGCAGACUGACUUAACUUAACUUAUUAGGUUCUGUAUUUAACGCCAUUCACGGGGUGGCCCCUCCCAGAGCUUCCCGCUGCUUCUUCGCCGCAUAGGGCCCGCCGACCGUCUGGGGCCAGUCAGCCUCGAUCUCCAGUACGCGCCUCCGGAGCAGUGUUGCUGACUAAGGCGGCUCAUGCCUGAGCUACUUCGCUUGAGGACAUGGGUUGCCAUUCCGAAAAUCCAUAAAAAAUGGAUUUUCUGGUAGGCUUUCGGCAAAAAGGAAAAACACGAAGCCUGGGACGUAACGCCCAGUUUCACGCUAGGGAGUUGCCCGAUUGGUCCUAACGGACUUGGCUGAGCUUCCCCUUUCCAACUUACGUGCCUCCUUCCCCAUGAGGAAAAAACAUUCCGAAAGUAGACUUGGGCUAGGCUCUGAGAACAACCAGAAUUGCUUACCUAGCAUUGCCAUCCGUUUCUGAAAUGCAAAACCUUGCCGGAUAUAAUUAAAAUAUGAAUCGAGUAUGCAUGGCCGGGAGGCCAUGCCCAGACGAAGACGCCAUAUUUUAAUUAUUACAGCAGACUGACACAUGCAGCCAUUUUAAUGCAUGAUAACGGAGAGGGGAGUAAAGAAAAAAUCACUGCUAUUGAAAAUUUGUAUAAGCAUAGAGUCAUAGGAAGAAUGAGCGUAAAAUCCGUCCCACCCCAAAGACCAAGAACAGAAGAAGCUUGCCAUCGCAUAGAACAAAAAACAAAGCUUCCACCUGUCAAAAAAGAGUCAUUUUCACCUCAGCCGCGGCCUUUUGUGAUGGAAGAAAUAAGAGAAGACCUAAGAGGCAUUACCCCUAGACGAACAAAAACAAACUCUUUUACAUCUAAUAGUAAUGAUGAGCAAUCUUCGCGUAAAUUUACACAAGUUCCAACGCUUCCAGAUAUACAUAGUACUAGAAAAUAUUCAAAUAGCUUUAGAGAGCCUUUUGCAGGAUGGGCUGAUGAUUCUUUACAUAGCGAAUCAGAUGAAGGCAGCGAAACCAUUGAUGUAAAAACAGUGCUUAAUGAAUUACUAACUCCCCCCCUCCGUGAGUGAACAAAACCAUUAGAAAAAUCGCUAUUUUUUUGCCCAAAAAACCCACCCUCCGUGAGUGAACAAAAAUUUUUUUUAAUAGAAAAAUUUUUUAUGGAAAAAAAAAAUUGAUAUAUAAAUGAUAAUUAGUAUAAUGAAAUCUAGAGCUAAUUCUGUUUAAUUUUAAACGAAUUGCUUUUUAAAACAUAAAUUUUAUAAAUUGAAUUAAUAUUUGCUUCCCAAUUUUUGCGAAUUAGGAUUUUUUUAAAUUUCGAAGAAAAAUAUUUUUUAGAAAAUUUAUAUAUAAAUGUUUUAAAAAAAAAAAUUAACCCCCCUCCGUGAACAAAAUUUUUUCGUUCACUCACGGAGGGGGGGGGGGAGUAAAAGAAAAAAGCAGGGACAAUUUUUUUAAGCUUAAAUGUCCAAGAGUUCCUAUAAGAAAAGGUUCAGAUAUUGAUAAGAAAAUAACCUUUAUUAAUAGACUGCCAAUUUAA